CGCGUCGCGAACGCCGUCGCGAACGCACGCGCACGCACGAGCGCACGCAGGAAACGAACGGCAUCGUCGACGACGUCGUGACGACCGCGACGGCGACGGCGCGCGACGAACGGCGCGUCGACGAUCGCCAUGGGCAAAAAGAACAAAGACGAGGACCCGAACGAAAAGCUCGAUCGCAUCGCCAUCGUCAACGGCGAGCGGUGCCGACCGAAAAAAUGCAAACAAGAGUGUAAGCGAUCGUGCCCGGUGGUGAAGGUCGGAAAGUUGUGCAUCGAGGUCGGACCGAAGGAUAAGAUUGCGUUUCUGAGCGAGGAGUUGUGCAUCGGAUGCGGGAUUUGCGUGAAGAAGUGCCCGUUUGAAGCGCUGACGAUCAUCAAUCUGCCGAAGAAUUUGGAGCGAGAGACGACGCAUAGAUAUGGGCCGAACACGUUUAAGUUGCAUCGGUUGCCGACGCCGCGCGCGGGACAGGUGCUCGGGUUGGUGGGCACAAACGGGAUCGGCAAGUCGACGGCGCUGAAAAUUUUGGCGGGGAAAUUGAAGCCGAAUCUUGGGAAUUUCACGAAACCGCCCGAGUGGAGCGAUAUUCUCGCGCACUUCCGCGGGUCGGAGUUGCAAAACUAUCUGACGAAGAUUUUGGAGGAUGACAUGAAGGCGUUGAUUAAGCCGCAGUACGUCGAUAACAUUCCGAAAGCCGUCAAGGGAGAAGUCGAGCAAUGCUUGAACGAUAGAAACGAGUUGGACAACUUGGAAUUUCUCAAGGACCAAUUGGACUUGGAGAAUGUCAUGCAGCGUCAGGUGGCGCAGUUAUCUGGGGGGGAGCUUCAGCGGUUCGCCACCGCGAUCAUCGCGUGCCAAAAGGCAGACAUUUAUAUGUUUGACGAGCCGUCGUCGUACUUAGACGUCAAGCAACGUUUGAAGGCGUCUCGGGUGAUUCGUUCUUUGUUAAAGAACGAUACGUACGUCAUCGUCGUCGAGCACGAUUUGUCCGUGCUCGAUUACUUGUCCGACUUCAUUUGCUGCCUGUACGGGAAGCCCGGGGCGUACGGCGUCGUCACCAUGCCCUUCUCUGUUCGCGAAGGCAUCAACAUUUUCCUCGCCGGUUUUGUGCCGACGGAGAACUUGCGUUUCCGCGACGAGGCGCUCACGUUCAAAGUCGCGGGCGCGGAUAGUGGGAUGGAGAUUACCGACAAACAUUUUUCGCGAUACGAAUACCCGGCGUUGGUGAAGACGCAGGGCGAUUUCAAACUCAACGUCGAGUCCGGUGAGUUCACCGAUAGCGAAAUUGUCGUGUUGCUCGGGGAGAACGGUACGGGUAAGACGACUUUUAUUCGCCUUAUCGCCGGCUUGAUUCAACCGGACGACGAAGAACUCGAACUUCCGGAGUUCAACGUGUCGUACAAGCCUCAAAAGAUUUCCCCGAAGUUCCCGGGCACCGUGCGCGAGUUGCUUCACAAGAAGAUUCGCGACUCUUACAUGCACCCUCAGUUCGUUUCGGACGUUAUGAAGCCUAUGAACAUCGAUCCGUUGAUGGACCAAGCGGUGCAAAACCUCUCCGGUGGUGAAUUGCAACGCGUGGCGUUGGCGAUGUGCAUGGGUACGCCCGCGGACAUUUACCUCAUCGACGAACCGUCGGCGUAUUUGGAUUCCGAGCAACGUGUGUGGGCGUCUAAGGUUAUCAAGCGCUUCAUCUUGCACGCCAAAAAGGUGGCUUUUAUCGUGGAGCACGAUUUCAUCAUGGCCACGUACCUCGCGGACAAGGUUGUGGUGUACUCUGGCGUCCCCGCCAUCGAAGCGACGGCGCACGCGCCGCAGUCUUUGUUGACGGGUAUGAACAUGUUCCUGAAGGCGUUGGAGAUUACGUUUCGACGCGAUCCCACGAACUACCGUCCGCGCAUUAACAAGUACCAGUCCCAGCUCGACAGCGAACAAAAGGCGGCGAACUGCUACUACUUGCUCGACGAGUAAGCGUCUCGUCUCGAUUCACUUCAGUAGCCUUAGCGUAGAUCGUGUCAAUGUCGUCAUGUUU